GCCACUGCAUCUGCCUGCCCUCGGGCGCUCGCCUGGUUGCCCCGGCCGCGGGCUGCCCGUCACCCGACUCCUCCGACACCGGCGCGCCGCCCGCCGCCGUCCUCCCCACCUUGCCCCGCGCCGCCGCUGUCCCCGCUCGCGGAAAUGGCGUCCGAACCCCCACCAGGCUCCACCGGCGAAGCGCACCGGACCCCGCCGGCGCCCUCCGCUCCGGCCGCCCGCCGCGUCUCCCACGUGCAGCAAUGCGUCGUGUUCGUUGACUGGUGGCUGGAGUGGGUGGAUCGCGAGCAGGGCAAGGUCCGCGUCGUCGGGACCCCCCACGCCCCGCAGAUGACGAAAGGAGCAUCAUCCUCAAAGGCGAACAUGAAAGUAGCAGGCAGAGUAUUCAAAUCUGCCGCUAUUGCAAGGCACCACGAUGACUGCGACAUCGAGACUGAGGACGGUCGCCUCAUACGGAUUGCCCGUGUCUUGAACAAAUCCCGAACACAGGACAAUGGAUUUUCUGAGGAGGUGUGCGAAUGGUUCUGUUUUGGCUUUCCUCUUCAAUGGCGUGAGAUUCUUAAUCCAAACAUGGAGCAGCAGCAUGAACAAUCGCAAUCAGAAUCUACUGCAAAUGCACCAAAGCAUUCAGUUGAAUGUUACAUGGAGAAGUUAUCAAGGAAAACCACCUGCAUCACCAAUUCAAUGAGAUAUGCUUUCAGAGAGAAUGAUUUCUACUCAUCCAUAGGGUGUACCUGCAAUACAGAUGGACCCGCUAUCCAAACAGAUGGUAAUGCAGGCAACAUGGCUGCAUCUUGGGGAUUAAAUGGCGGCACAAGAAACAUGCCUGAAAAACCAUUGACACCACCUAGAGAAACAUGUUGUAGUGGUCAAGAAAGUGAACAACAUGAAAGAACGCAGGUAGAUGCAAGUGAACAGGGGAUAGUUAGUCACUCGGUCAGCUCUGUUUCAGUAAAUCUAAGUACAGGUUCCAUCUGCCCCAGCUCAAAAGUAGAUGAGAGCAUAUUCGUGCCAUCCAAAAAUGUGCAAGUUGACAAGGAAGGUUACAGAAGCAGAUCAGAUUGUUGUCAGGCUGAGGAUGCUGCAGAUAUACCUGAGAAUACGCAGAGCUGUGAGCAGGAGAUGGUUACACUUCCCAUUGACUCUGCAAUAGUUAAUGAAAAUCUGAACUCUACAUCAUCUGACUUAGGAGAACCAGGAACUCUGAAAUGUGGCAAGGCUUCAGUGAAUCUAGGGACUGCAGAUGCAUUAGAACUAACAACUGAAGGUGUGACUCCACAGUUUGGAGCUGUUAGAGGUUCAGAAGACAGUAUAGUCAGGAGAUUACGGAGUGGCAAAGUCUAUGGAACGCCAAGUGGUGGGCCAGUGAAGAGGCGCUACAAGAAGAAAAGUAUCCAGCAUGAAGCAUCCAGUGAAAUGAUGGCACCUAAGGAAGGGGGCACAUCUACAGAUCUGACUUCUCACGAAAAUCCACCAUGCGCAAUACACAAAGGGAAGCAUGAACGCCCAAUUUGUCAUCAAUAUGGACAUUGGUAUACAUGCAAAGCUGGAGAUCGAGAAGAUUUUGCAGCAAUGCUUGCUGACAGGGGUCCACGUAAGAAGAAGGUAGCACCAGCAGCAACUGAAACAAGCAUUGGGCCAGUAACUAAUCCAGGAAUGGUUUUCCCACAGUUGUCUUCUACAGGCACUACAUCAACAACUGUUAAUAAGAGGAAGAAAAAGAGCACAUCUAGUACCACAAGCUCUCGACCAUCUGCUGUAUCAGUUAGCUUCAUCUCCCACUGGAACAACUGGGAGAACUUGAUUAGCUUGAUGAAGAUUUUGAGGAAGCACACGCACAGGAGCAGCUCUUCCCUGUUGUCUGUGAGGAGCUGUCGCUACCCCUCCGACCUAUCGCAUGAGAAAAAGACUAUACUACCCCUGGCCGAGCAACCCCCGAGCGGUCGAAUCCCCCUGUUGGGGACGCUGCCUUAGGCUAGAUGGACCAAGGAUGGGCCCGCGCGAUGUUGGAAGCCGAAGACCAGGCGGGGCUGACCAACGAAGAUCGCCAGAGUAUCUUUGGAGAAGGCCCGAACACAUAAGCAAAGAGCGCGCUCGUCGAAGACGGCGACCCGCCCGAGCAAGAGCUGAAGCUACACCAAAGGCCCUGACAACGAAGAUCGCGGGAUGGUUUGGCGUGGAAGGAGGGCGCUGAGCUGUACCGCACUCGAUGAUAGGAGGGGAUUUUACCGAAUGCCCCUAGAAUAUUUCGGGAAUAUUUCUGUUGUAAGGGUAUCGUGUUGUAAUUGAGCAGGGGUAAGAGUGCGUAUGCCUAUAAAUACCUGUGUAACUGCCUUGGACAUGGAAUAGAGAAUUUAUUGCUUCCUGGGUUU